GCGGAGAGGAGCUGCGUGGUCAGCGGCUCUCAACUUUGGACUAUACUUGACACAUCUGGACCGCGCCGCUAUGCUGCUGCUGCAGGGAGGACCCUCUGCUGCUUCUGCGCUUUACCUUUACUCUUAUUUUCUGGAGGCUGCUUUGGUGCUCGCCUUCAACCUUGACACCGCUCAUGUCAUCAGGAAAGACGGAGAACCGGGGAGUCUGUUCGGCUUUUCUCUUGCCAUGCACCGGCAGCUCAACCCGGAUAAAAGACUGCUGCUGAUCGGUGCGCCCAGAGCCAGAGCUUUGGGAAAACAGACAGCCAGCAUCACAGGAGGCAUUUAUAAAUGUGAAAUCACCCAGUCCAAUGAUUGUGAGCGUGUUGAAUUUGAUAAUGAAGAGAAUGUACUCGUUGAGAACAAGGAGAAUCAGUGGAUGGGGGUGACGGUUCAGAGCCAGGGACCUGGGGGAAAGAUUGUGACUUGUGCUCACCGCUAUCAGAGGCGCUUGUUUGUGAACACCCCUCAGGAGUCCCGGGACAUCACCGGGCGCUGCUAUGUCCUGAGUCAGGACCUGACCAUCGACGAGUCCUCUGACGAGGACGGGGGUAACUGGAACUUCUGUGAGGGCAGAGCCAGAGGCCAUGAGAUGUUUGGAUCUUGCCAGCAGGGUUUGUCAGCCACCUUCACCAAGGACUACCAUUACGUGGUGUUUGGAGCACCAGGAGCUUACAACUGGAAAGGCAUUGUCCGAGUGGAACAAAAGAACAACACUUUGCUGGAGAUGGGGGUGUAUGAUGACGGCCCGUAUGAGGUUGGAGAUGAGCAUCUCUUGAACCCUGAGCUCGUGCCUCUACCUGCCAACAGCUACCUCGGAUUCUCCCUCGAUUCGGGACACAGGAUCACCAGGAGUCGUGGCCUGACGGUGGUGGCCGGAGCACCCAGAGCCAAUCAUAGCGGAGCUGUGGUCCUGCUGAAGAAAGAGAGCAACGCCUCCACCAAACUUUUGGUGGAGCACACCUUGUACGGGCCAGGGCUUGCAUCUUCCUUUGGAUACGACGUGGCUGUAGUCGACCUGAAUGGUGACGGAUGGCAAGACAUAGUUGUAGGAGCCCCUCAGUUCUACAUGAAGGACAGAGACGUUGGAGGAGCUGUUUAUGUCUACAUCAACCAGGCAGGAAGGUGGGAAAGAAUCACUCCUGUCCGUCUAAACGGGACCAAAGACUCCAUGUUUGGACUGGCGGUGGAGAACAUAGGAGACAUCAAUCAGGACUCAUAUGAAGACAUUGCAAUUGGAGCUCCUUAUGAUGACAGCGGGGCAGGAAAAGUCUACAUUUAUCAUGGCUCUGCACAAGGAGUGAAAACCAGCCCUGCACAGAUCCUAACAGGAAAAGAGCACAACAUGAGACUGUUCGGAUAUUCUCUGGCAGGGAACAUGGACUUGGACAGUAACUCUUAUCCAGACGUGGCUGUAGGCUCCCUGUCGGACGCAGCUCUGAUCUAUAGGGCACGGCCAGUCAUUAACAUCAGGAGAGAUGUCAAAAUAUCUCCGCAGGAAAUUGACCUUACAAUCAAAACUUGUGGUAACAGCAUUUGCUUCACUGUGGAUGCAUGCUUCACCUACAAAGCAAACCCUGCAUCUUACAACCCAAGACUAACUGUCAGCUACACUGUCGAGGCGGACGGAGAUCGCAGGAAACAGGGGCUGCCCUCCAGAGUGAUGUUCCUGAACAAGUCCCGCUCUGAAGCAGACUACCAGUUUAAUGGCACCUUGGACCUCCGUGGCCAAAAACAGGAAACAUGCAUUAAGAUAAUCGCCAAACUGAAGGACAAUAUUAAGGACAAGAUGCGCAGCAUUCCCAUCGAGGUGUCUGCAGAAAUUGUGGGUACUAAACGACAAAAGACAAGGAACGGCCUCCCUCAACUUAUGCCCAUAUUAGACUCUUCUCAGCUGAGCAAAGACGUCAUUGAGGUCAACUUUGUAAAAGAGGGAUGUGGAAGUGAUCAUAUUUGCCGGAGUAACCUGAAGAUGGAGUACAAGUUAUACUACAAGCAAAACAACCUAGAUGUGUACUCCUCAUUGCCCAUCAAGAAAAACAUCCCAGUGUUUCACCUGAAUUACGAGAGGAAGGACUUGGCUCUGCGGGUGACAGUCAACAACAUGGAUGGAGAUGACGCCUACGAGGCGAGGCUGGUGGGAACUUUCCCCGAUAUGCUGUCGUAUUCUGGAGUCCGCUCACAUCAGACAAUGACGGAGAAGCCAAUCAUCUGCACUGCCAAUCAGAACGGCUCUCAGGCAGACUGUGAGCUGGGGAAUCCUUUUAAGAGAGACUCAGAGACUGUGUUUUACAUCAUCCUGAGCACUGCGGGUAUGACUCUGGACACCACAGAGAUUGACUUUGACCUGCAGCUCCAGACGACAAGUGUGCAAGAGAGUAUUGUCCCUGUUAAAGUGAAGGCUAAAGUAAUCAUUGAAUUGCCAUUGUCGGUCACUGGGGAAGCCAGUCCGAAUCAGGUUUCUUUUGGAGGUGUUGUGAAAGGUGAGAGUGCCAUGAAGACGGAAGAGGAGAUUGGAAGUUUGAUUAACUAUACAUUCAGAAUAAACAACUUGUGGAAGUCUUUGAAGUCUUCAGUCAAAGCCUCGCUGCACAUUCAGUGGCCCAAAUGGAACAAAGAUGGGAAAUGGCUUCUGUACCUGGUGAAGAUCACCGCUACGGGACCGCAGGACAUCCUCUGCUCUCCGGAAUCUGAAAUCAGCUCUCUCAAACACAUCCAGGAGUCCUCUGCAUCCAGGACCAAACGGGAAAUUGGAGAGAGAAAAACUGUCGGCAAGAUGUCUUUACUGUCGGGCAAAAAAAAAGUGCUGACAUGUGACAAGGAGCUCAAAUGUGUGGUGCUCAAGUGCCCCCUACAGGGCCUGGACGGUACAACAGUUGAACUGAGGUCUCGUCUCUGGAACUCGACCUUUAUUGAGGAUUAUGCCUCUCUUUCGUACUUACAUAUUGUUGUGAAGGCCUCGCUCGUCCUUCACACUCAGACUAAAAACAUGAUCCUGAGAACUCCUGACACUGAUGUGACGGUGACAGUGUCUCCAGAGAGCGCAGUAGCACAGCACAGUGGAGUUCCCUGGUGGAUCAUACUGGUUGCUGUUCUUGCAGGAAUCUUAAUUUUGUCUUUGCUGGUGUUUUUGCUCUGGAAGUGUGGCUUCUUCAAGAGAGCAUCAAAAGACCAAUACGAUGCUGCAUAUCACAAGGCAGAGAUCCAUGUUCAGCCCUCUGACAAAGACAAACUCUCUGCUGAGGCCUGAUUUAAACUCUCUGAACAGGGUGUGGAUUCUUCAAACGCUCCAAACGCGACGACAGUGUCCCUCGUUACCACGCAGUGAGGAUAAGAAAGGAAAGUCCAGAGUAUAAAGACGGAAAAGUCAAACUUGAUCCUUUUGACAAAAAGCAGUGGAUGACAACUUGGAUUGAUAAUGAAAGUUACUCAUGAACAGCAUCAAGCCACAAACACACUUUGGUUUUUUGUUCAUUUGGUGAACACGAUGCUCAGUAAUUUUUAAAAAGAAUUGUAGGCCAUCUUUUCAAGGAAUUAGCCACGUUCACAUCCUUGAAGUUUUACACUGUAUAGAUGAUGAAAUGUUCUUUGUAAGUUUUGUAUAUAUUGAAAUACUUCUGCACACUGUAUAUUUAUUUUUUGAUAAAAAAUAAUGUCAUGCAGCCAAAGAGUUUUUUUCAGUCUUGUGUCUGCCCUGGAGCAGAUCAACAAAGGGCAAAGUUUACUAAUGUUUCUCUGGAGUUGUAGUCCUACUAAAAGCCUAAAGUCUAUGCAAGGAAGGUACAGCCAGCUCAGUGUAAUGUGAAUGUAAAUCAGUACAUUUGUGGUGUUUUUCCAACAAAACAACUUGUCCUCUUUGAUAUGUAGGUACAUAAUCAUUUCACAAUAACUAAAGGUGCACAAAUGACCACAGCUGACUCUGAAAGCAAGUGGUCUGUUCUCACAUUUUCUUUACCUCUGUUCAGGUAGCAUCCACUGUGCUGUAGGUCAUCACUGAAAUAAGACUCACUCUUUUAGUUCCAUGUGAGGAAUCGAAAGGGACGAUGGUGAAAAGCAACUGAAAUGUUAUGUUUUUUUUAGAUUUAAUUCAAAGUGAAUGUCUCACUUGUUGAACUGUCAAGUAUAAUAAAAGAUGCUUUAACACUGA